GCAAUGAGGAAUGUGGCAGUUACUAACUUGAAUAAUUCAUAUACGGGCUCAAAUUAAACUACUCCCAUUUAGCUCGUUCGCUAGCGCCGGCUAACUAAUAUUAGUGGCCACUUUGUUCGCUGCUAGCCGGCUAGCACUCGACCGUCUGAGCGUAGUCCUCGCAGCGUGGACGUGCCGUGCCCCGGCUGUUGAAGUAAUUGGGACGUAGGCUGUGGGCGGAUCUGUUCUCAGCCAGUAGAGCUGCGUCUGCGCUAAUAGCCAGGCAGGCUAGCAAUGACGGAUCGACUUAUUCCAGCCGGGUUCUGGAUUUUGAGCCACCAGACAUGAUUUUAUGGAGACCACCUUACAAGGCCUGAGCUGAUUUGUCAGCCUUGUGUAGGUUUGGUUUUCACCCCCCAAGCGUCUUCGCGAUAUCAGCUGACAAUGGUCCUCUGAACAGAAGGAGCGCAUCGAGAAAGCCCGGCACUGUGCGUGUGUUCACUUCAACCAGUCAAGGCUCGGUCAAGAGAGGGGCAGCGACGGACAGGAAGCGAAGAGAAGCGCUAAUUUAAACACAGAAUGUCUGAAAACAGAGAACUGGUGGUUUUUUACAUAACUUAUAAACUAUCCCAGAGAAACUAUCCGCUCAACCAUUUGGGGCUCAAUGAGCCUCUAAACAGGACUGAUGGAGUGGAGGGUGAGUCGGGUGAGGAGCCGCGGGUGGCGACGCACGCCAACGGGACUUUUAACGGCCGGAGCCCCGGGACCCCCCCCGCGUCCCCGCAGCGGCAGCAGCGGCUGCAGGCCACGACCAGCCUGGACGCGGUGAAGAAGGCCCUGCAGGACUCGUGCGUGGAGUUCGAGCAGCGCUACGCCUGCGCCUUCAGCGACCUGCACAACCAGCUGCACAUCACGCCGGCCACGGCCUACCAGAGCUUCGAGAACGUCAUGGACGAGGUGUUCCGGGACGACGUCAACUGGGGCCGCAUCGUGGGGCUCUUCGCCUUCGGGGGGGCGCUGUGCGUGGAGUGCGUGGAGAAGGAGAUGAGCCCGCUGGUGGGCCGGAUCGUAGAGUGGAUGACGGUGUACCUGGACAACCACAUCCAGCCCUGGAUCCAAAGCCAUGGAGGAUGGGAGCGCUUCGCCGAGCUCUUCGGCCACAACGCGGUGGCGGAGAGCAGGAGGUCCCAGGAGAACUUCAAGAAGUGGCUGCUGGCGGGGAUGACGCUGGUGACCGGCGUGGUGGUGGGGUCGCUCAUCGCCCAGAAGCGCCUGUGAGGAGAGCGCCGCACGCUCCCACUGCCUCCCUCACUACUCUGUAAAUGGACCAAUAACAGUCAGAGCAGCAGCUGAGAAUAGUUUCAUUUAAUUGAAGAGGUGCAAAGAGACAUCGAAGGAGUUUACACCAAGACGGACACGGCCGUGAGACAGAGCUGGAGGAAGAAUCGAGUUCAGCCACCUCGGACGAGCAGCGCCGCGUCCCUUCACUUCCACUGGCCCUUCUCGUAGUCCCACUUGGAGGCGAGGCCCUCAAUGGGGUUCAUCCUCAUGUCCAACAUCCUCUGCAGCUGCCGGGCCUGCCAAUCGGGCUCAAAGCUCCUGGGAUGCGGAGGGUAGACUGGAACCAGAACCAGACGAAGCGUCAAAACUGCUGCUGGUUCUUGGACCAGGAUUCAAAUACAUUAAUGGGACAUAAUAGAUAAUUACAUUAAAGUACUAAAAAGUAGAUCCUUUUUUAAAUUUGAAAACCAAGAGUUGGAGUUGGUUUUGUUUUCAUAUGCAAUAAUUAUUUUUUUUUAAUUAUACCACCUGCUGUGGCGUAGUUGUGAUUAAAUGUUUUGCUGAGAUACGGUGCUUGUGAUUCCUGGGGAAGAGUAAACACAGAUGUACCAUAGAGCACCUGCCACCAGAACAGGAGGCCGGUCAGGCCCAGGAAAAAGAAGGCGGUGCCCAGCACCGUCUUCCACUCGUGGGAUUUCCGACCCAUCUCGGAGUAGGUCUGACAGAACUUGAUGCGGUACACUGCAGGAUGGGCGAGAGAGAGAGAGAGAGGCAGUGAGGGAGGUGAGCGAGCGGUCAGGACUGGAGUCCGUGUUUGACCCACAGGCGAUCUUCUCCUCGUUGGUCAGCUGGUUCCAGGGCCCUUUCUCCUUCUGCUUCAGGCUCUGCUCAGCCGCCGUCAGUUCUACUUUGUAGGGUCUGUCGGGCAGAGGGAGGUCCACGCUGUCGUAGUACAGCGGCUGCGACAUGUCAGUGGUGUCGGACACCUCUGCGGGGAAAAGACAGCAGUCACAUGAUGCACCGCUGCAGCGGCAACAUACGAUGAAGACGUUACUGCGUCUCCCACAUCGUAUGGUGCCUUAGCGCCACCUGCUGGUUUGUCGCGUAGAAACACCCCUGUUUAGUUAGACAGUAAAGGACUUUCAUUUAACAACUCUAGUUCAUUCCACCUUGCAGAUUUACACGGUACAAAUAAGAGUACAUAAAUAUUUUCUAUAAAUAAAAUGAUUUCUAUUUAUUUAAACGCAGGGGAACAAGAAUGCAUUUUAAAUAAUACAAAAAUAAACACGUAGAGUUAAUAAACGUUAAAUAAGGUGAGUUUAGAUUGGACAAUGUAAACGGUGCAUAGUUCUAAUAACACACAAAUAUAUAUAUAUAUAUCUGUAAUAUUCCUAUAAAAUAAUAAAGUUGUUUUGAAUCUUGGGUCUCGUGCAACACCUGUAGCUCCACCUGCACGAGAGCGAGCCCCAGCUCGUUUUUGAACGUAAGUAAUGAAAACGGACAGUUCUGGGUUCGGUACCGUGGCCGUGACUCGCCAUCCUCGCGCUGCCGGUGCUCAGGGCCGCCGUCGCGCGCCUGGCCAGGAGACUCCCCACGCGCCCUGCAGUCAGGCGGAGCAU